CGCGCAGCCGCAGACGGCGGCCGGAUGGAGCCCGAAUCCCAGCCCGCGGCGGUGGAGGUUCCUGCGGGGCGCUCCCUCAGCGCCCGGGAGCUCCUCGCCGCCCGCUCGCGGUCCCAGAAGCUGCCCCAGCGGUCGCAUGGCCCCAAAGACUUCCUCCCCGACGGCUCCGUGGCCCAGGCCGAGCGUCUGCGCCUCUGCCGUGAGGAGCUCUGGCAGCUGCUGGCCGAGGAGCGCGUGGAGCGCCUGGGCAGCCUGGUGGCCGCUGAGUGGAGACCAGAAGAGGGCUUUGUGGAGUUGAAGUCUCCUGCGGGUAAAUUCUGGCAGACCAUGGGCUUCUCAGAGCAGGGCCGGCAGCGGCUUCACCCCGAAGAGGCCUUAUAUCUGAUGGAGUGUGGUUCUAUCCAGCUCUUCCACCAAGACCUACCGCUGUCUAUCCAGGAAGCCUACCAGCUGCUGCUGACCGAGGACACCAUGACUUUCCUACAGUACCAGGUCUUUAGCCACCUGAAGAGACUGGGCUAUGUGGUUCGACGAUUCCAACCAUGCUCUAUCCUGUCACCCUAUGAGAGGCAACUUAACUUGGAUGGCAGUGCCCAGCACCUGGAGGAUGGGGAUGGCAAGAGGAAGAGGAGGAGCUUCAGCUCUUGGUCCAUUAAUAAGAAAGCUAAGGCCCUGGAGAGCUCCCUGCAACCUGAGAGCCUGGAAGCCUCCAGCCCACCUCCCUGCAGCCAGAACAGCCAAUGUCCAGAGGAGAAACCCCAGAAGUCAAGCCCCAUUAAGGACCUGGUGGGCCACUUUCAGCUUCCAGGGUCCCUGGAACCCUUCCCUGGCCUGGCAAGGGAGGAAGUGGGGUGCAGCUGGGAAAGUGGCAAAGUUGAGAAUGGAGUCAAGGGGGCUGGGAAGCCACGCUGGAACUUUGAGCAGAUCUCCUUCCCCAACAUGGCUUCAGACAGCCGCCACACCCUCCUGCUUGCCCCAGCCCCAGAGCUGCUCCCGGCCAAUGUCGCUGGGCGGGAGACAGACGCUGAGUCCUGGUGCCAGAAGCUGAACCAGCGGAAGGAGAAGCUCUCCCGACGGGAAAGGGAGCAACAGGUGGAGGCCUGCUACUUCCGGGAGGACGUGAAUGCAGACCCCGAGGUACAGCGCUGCUCCAGCUGGCGGGAGUACAAGGAGCUGCUGCAGAGGCGGCACCUGCAGAAGAGCCACAGCUUCCCCCCACACCUGUGGGGCCAGCCCGUCACCCCCUUGCUGAGCCCCAGCCAGAUGGACUCCCCAGCUAUGGUCCUAGAGCAUAUUUCUGUGCUGCAGACAACACACCUUGCAGAUGGAGGUGCCCGGCUGCUGGAGAAGCCUGGGAGCUUGGAGAUCAGCUUUGAUGUUUACCAGGCUGACGCUGUGGCCACGUUCCGAAAGAAUAACCCUGGCAAACCCUAUGCCCGGAUGUGCAUUAGUGGAUUUGAUGAGCCUGUCCCAGACCUCUGCAGCCUGAAGCAGUUGUCCUACCAGAGUGGGGAUGUCCCUCUGAUAUUUGCCCUGGUGGAUCACGGUGACAUCUCCUUCUACAGCUUCAGGGACUUUAUGCUGCCCAGGGAUCUGCAGCACUGACCACACAGCUCUGCAGGAGCUGGAACCUGCUCUGGAGGAUCGGACUGUCUAUUCUCAAAACCGCCUCAUCUGCCUCCUGUACCCAGACUCUGGCUGUAGCUGCAGAGCCCAGUCUGGGCCUUGGCUCUGGGUGUCUGAUACUUGCAAGAGAGUGAAACCGUGCCUCCUCCACCUUAUCUGGCUGCUGCUGCACUUCCAAGCCCCAGGCCUGAAAUUGCUGCCUUGCAGUGACCCCCCCGCUUGGAACUCAGGUCUAGAUUUCAGAAACCCAGGAGGUGGGGCAGAAGAGAGGACUCUGUGCCUUUAACGAGAGGGUGCCUGCUUCGUGCCAUAAAGCCAA